AUGGUCAAAGGAAGCGACAUUAUCCUGAUUCUCGUGGCAGUCAUUUUCCCUCCUGCGGCGGCCCUGUUCGUGACAGGCUGUGGAUGCGACCUUCUGAUCAACAUCCUCCUGACGAUAUUGGGAUACCUUCCUGGACAUCUGCAUGCAUUCUACCUGAUCUAUAAACGGAUGCAAGCCGAAGAGCGAUAUGGACAAGAAGGCUACAAAUACGUCGGAAACGCGACCUAUGAGCCUAUUGGCUAUCAGUCUCCGCCGAACCAACAACCUCCCAUUUUGCAUCAAGCUUCGGCACCUCCGGCUUACGGCUCAGCUGUGUAA